AUGCUACCGAUCCGAGCAGCUGUACGAUCAUCUUCUUCCCAGCGAUGCGGCAUCGCAACUUCCUCUCGGCCGACCCAUCUCACACGAUCAAUAUCACUUGCCACUCGACCCCUUCCCAAAUCUAAAUCACUCUCCCACUACAUUGAGAUAAGUCGAUCUAGAGAUGCGGUGCUGCAUCAGAGGGGCAUACAUAGCUCGUCGAGGUUGAUGGAGAAGAAACGAUGGGUGAAUCCUGCUAGUGAGAACGACAAAGAUAAGGGUAAAGAGCAAGAGGAGAAGGAGGAAGGCAAGAAAGGAUCAGAGGAAGUAGAAGCCAAAACUCAAUCAGAGAAAGAGGGUGUAAAGGAAACCGAAGUUGAGAAGAAGAAAGAAAUAGAGAAAGACGGAUCGGAAGAAGCUGAAUCGUCCAAAACGGCUGAAGAAAGAGCCAAAAAGGAAUCAUCAUCAUCAUCUACCGCUCGAUCUUCAGCUUCGGGCAGCAGUUCAUCAUCCAACAAUCCAUUCUCUUUACCUGGAUCUUCGUCUGGUAGUGGAGGUGGAAGUGGGAAAGAGAUAGUGAAACCCAAUAUACCCGAGACUUAUCCUCAGGUAUUAGCUGUUCCCAUUACCCAUCGGCCUCUAUUCCCGGGAUUCUACAAAGCAGUCACAGUGCGUUCUCCACCCGUCAUCAAGGCUAUCCGUGAACUACAAGCGAAAGGACAACCAUACGUCGGAGCUUUUUUGCUGAAAGACUCGAAUUCGGAUUCGGACGUGAUCGAAUCGCUGGAUCAAGUUCAUAAUGUCGGUGUCUUCUGUCAGAUCACAAGUUGUUUCACUUCGAAUGAAGGGGAAGGUAAACCUGAAAGUUUGACUGCUGUCUUGUUCCCUCAUAGAAGAAUCAAAAUUGAUGAGUUGGUAACACCUGGACAAUUAUCAAGUGAAGCACCUUUAGUGAAUGUAUCGGAAUCAAGCCCGGAAACCGAUGAAAACCCAGAAGGUCAUGUGGAAAGCUUCGAACCCGAUGUACCAUCUGUCGAGGAAGUGAGAGAAGAGCUUGGAACGGUUUCUAGAGAGUCUGAGGAAGGUCAGGAUCAAGUUGAAACACCUAAACCCGCUGAAUCUAAAGCCUCUAAACCUCUUUCGCCUAUCAACUUCAUCCAUUCCCUUGUCCCUGAAAUAUCAAUCACAAACGUCUCCAACGUCUCUCUUGAACCAUAUCAGAAGGACUCGCAAGUGAUCCGAGCGAUAAUGUCAGAAUUAAUUUCAGUAUUCAAGGAGAUCGCUCAAUUACAGCCGAUGUUCAGAGAACAGGUCACAUCAUUCGCCAUGUCUAAUACGUCUUCUCAAGUAUUUGACGAACCUGAUAAACUCGCCGACCUUGCUGCUGUAGUAUCCACCUCUAACUUGGAAGAUCUACAGGCAGUAUUGGAAUCUACCAAUGUUGAAGAUCGAUUACAACGUUCAUUAGUCUUAUUGAAAAAAGAAUUAAUCAAUGCGCAAUUACAAUUUAAGAUUGCUCGUGAUGUCGAUACCAAGAUUCAGAAGAGACAGAGAGAGUAUUAUCUCAUGGAACAGUUGAAAGGAAUUAAGAAAGAAUUGGGUAUGGAGUCAGAUGGUAAAGAUAAGCUUAUCGAACAGUUCAAGGAAAAAGCAAGUAAACUAGCGAUGCCUCAACAGGUUCGAAAAGUAUUUGAUGAAGAAUUGAACAAAUUGGUACAUCUGGAACCUUCAGCCUCAGAAUUUAACGUUACUAGGAAUUAUAUCGAUUGGUUAACCCAAGUUCCUUGGGGUGUACAUUCACCGGAGAAUUACGAUAUUUCACAUGCGAUCAAGGUAUUAGACGAAGAUCAUUAUGGCCUAAAGGAUGUUAAGGAUCGUAUACUUGAAUUUAUGGCUGUAGGUAAAUUACGUGGAUCGGUAGAAGGAAAGAUUUUGUGCCUGGCUGGUCCACCUGGUGUGGGUAAGACUUCGAUCGGGAAAUCCAUUGCGAGAGCUCUUGGAAGACAGUUCUUUAGGUUCUCGGUGGGUGGGUUGACGGAUGUGGCGGAGAUUAAAGGUCAUAGAAGGACUUAUAUCGGUGCCAUGCCUGGUAAACCCGUUCAGGCCCUCAAGAAAGUCGCUACUGAAAAUCCUCUGAUCUUGAUUGACGAAGUCGACAAGAUCAGUAAAGCUUAUAAUGGUGAUCCGGCGAGUGCUUUGCUGGAGAUGCUGGACCCUGAGCAGAAUAAAUCGUUCUUGGAUCAUUAUCUCGAUGUCCCAAUCGACUUAUCAAGAGUCCUCUUUGUCUGUACUGCAAACGUUCUUGAGACUAUUCCUGGACCUUUACUUGACCGAAUGGAAGUUCUCGAAGUGUCAGGAUACGUCUCAGCGGAAAAGAUGAACAUCGCCGAGAAGUACUUGUCACCUCAAGCUAAGGAAGCAUCGGGAUUGAAAGAGGUUGAUAUCGAUCUCGAACCUGGAGCUAUCGAGGCUUUGAUAAGAUACUAUUGUAGGGAAAGUGGAGUCAGGAAUCUGAAGAAGCAUAUCGAUAAAAUUUACCGAAAAGCAGCUUUCAAGAUAGUUAGUGAUCUAGGAGAAGAAGCUUUACCUGAACCUAAAGAACCUGAAACGACGGAAACUGUAGAAGCUCAAGAACCAGAUAUUAAACCUGCUUCUGAACACUUACCGGGAGAUCAUUCACCUUCACCUGGUGAUGCUGGUACGACGAAACAUGUUACCACUGUCCCGAGAGAACCAUUGAAGGUUCCUGAGGGUGUUCAUGUCAGGAUCACCCAAGAGAAUUUGAGAGAUUAUGUUGGACCACCCAUCUACCAUAAAGAUAGAUUGUACACAUCUUCUCCACCUGCUGGAGUUUCGACAGGAUUAGGCUACUUGGGUAAUGGUUCAGGUGCUGUCAUGCCUAUCGAAGUCACUGCAAUGCCAGGUAAAGGUAAUCUCCAGCUUACCGGUAAACUAGGCGAAGUCAUCCGGGAAUCCGCCCAAAUCGCCUUAUCAUACGUCAAAUCUAAUGCUUAUUCAUUGGGAAUAACCAAAUCGGAUAACGAGGUGACGUUGAACGAUAGAGACGUACAUUUACAUAUGCCCGAAGGUGGAAUAGGUAAAGAAGGUCCCUCGGCUGGUACGGCCAUCUUGACUGCUUUUGUCAGUUUGUUUACCAAAACGAAGGUUGAUCCGGAUGUGGCCAUGACUGGAGAGAUCAGUCUGUUAGGGCAGGUCCUGCCUGUUGGUGGAUUGAAGGAGAAAAUUCUAGCGGCACAUAGAGCAGGUAUCAAGAGACUCAUCGUUCCAAUAGCUUGUAAACCUGAUAUCGAUGAGAAUGUUCCGUUGUCAGUCAAAAAGGGAAUCGAAUUUGUCUUUGUCGAAGAUGUCAAACAGGUGUUAUAUGAGGUGUUUAAAGGUACGGAGAAUGAGAGUAGGUGGAGGGAGACGUUACCUUUGGAGAGACAACCCGAGAGGGAGAAGUUAUAG